AUGGAGCCCCCUGGAAGCAAACAAACCAAGAAAUCAGGGAAGACAUCAGUGGAGGAUAGAAAGACAUCCAUGAAGGAUCGGGCUGCAAUUGCCUAUGACUUUCAAAAAGAAGAUAAACGAGAUCUGAAUGAUUCAGAGGAAAAUGCUACUGAUGCAAAGACUACAGCAAUUGAUAAGCUUGGGAAGAAAAGAACUUCUACAGUAACAGUUGAAGAUAUGGGAGGUGAAGUACAGAAUAUGCUGGAAAGAUUUGGAGCUAACAUUAGAAAUUCUCUUAAUACAAAGAAAAAAAGAUUAGCAUUGUAUACGAAGAUUUCUCUCAAAACCAGUAACCAGAAAAUUGAACAUAUUUGGAAAAUCCAAAAAGAACAAAGGCAGAAGCUUAGGCAAGAAUAUUCUCAGCAGUUUCUGAGUUUGUUUCAGCAGUGGGAGAUAGAUAUACAGAACGCCAAGGAACAAGAAGAAAAACUAGCUAAUUUAUUUCAACAGCAACAACAGAUUUUUCAACAAUCUAGACUCGGUCAGAGCCAGAGACUUAAGACAAUUAAACAGUUAUAUGAACAAUUCAUAAAGAGUAUGGAGGACUUGGAGAAGAACAGUGAUACUCUAAUUACUGAUGCACAAAAUGAACUUAAAAAUGAAAUGGCUAUGUUUCAGAAACAAAUUAUGAUGGAGACUGUAAGUUAUAUUAAAACUGAAAAAUAA